AUGGCCAGCUCAAACAUCCCUAGUCACGCUGAUCAGUCCUAUGACCAUCACGACUUUGUGGACGAUGACGACGAUGGCUGGCAGGUCGUCUCAUCAUCCUCUUCUCCAUCCCCAGCUGCAGCAGCAAAGGAAAAGUCAUCCUUCUCGACCGCCUCCCACUCGGCUUCUGAGGUCACCGCUGCUGACGUCCCUGCUGUUGAUCAGCUCAACCCCGACAUCGCUACUGCCACUACUUCCAGCGUCUCGUCAACAUCAGCACCCCCUGCCGAACCAGAGACGACCGAAAAGGCCUCGAAAAAGAAAAAGAAGCAGAUCUUUGGCACCGAUGAGUUCCAGCCCGUGAUCUCCAAGAAGCAAAUGGCUCGUGCCAGCAAGGUUCCUGCUAGUAAGCGACCCAAUGCCCCAGUCGGCGUGUCCACCUCGAGCUAUUUUGAUCUGUUGCAGGACACAGAGGAUGCAGAGGACGCCGACAAGAUUCUGGAGCGGAUCACCCAGGAAGAGGAAGAGGAAAGGGAAAGGAGCCGUCUGGAACAGGAGGCGAGGGAGCAAGAAUCUAAGGAGGCCGAGAGGCGCGAGAUGGACGUUCAUGACCAACAAUUGAAAGAACAGGAACGUCUGCAACAGGAACGUCUGGAACAGAUCGCACGCGAACAACAACAAUUGGCUGAGGAGGAAGAGUUGGCAAGGCUUGAAAAAGAAAGAGAGGAGGCGGUCGCCACUGCUACUGCUGCUGCCGAGACAGCCCUGCAGAAGCAAAAGAAGGAGGACAAGAAGAAGAGGGAUAAGGAAGCCAAGGAAGCCAAGGAAGCCAAGGAAGCCAAGGAAGCUAAGGAGGCCAGGGAGAAGGAAGCAAUCUUGCAAGCACACCUAAAGGCUGAGCAAGAACAAAAUGAACAAGCGGAACAGGCAGCAAGGGAUGCACAGGAGUCCGAAGCGGAGGCACUGAGGAUCGCUGAAGAAGAAGCUGCCAAGGGAGCGGAAGAGCCAGAGCAGGCAUCGCUACAGACCGGGUCCGAAGAUUCGUGGCAGGUCGAGGACCAUGAGGAUCAAGAGGAGGACGACGACUGGCAGGAGCAGUCAAAGUCCAAGAAGAGCCGUAAGACGCGAUCUUCACAGCAAGCUUCCGCAUCGACCGGACUCGAUAUUCAGUCAAAGAUGUCGAUCUAUGUCCUUCAACAGGACGAGAUCGCGGACCAGGAAAGCGACGAGGAAAACACUGUGGAUGAGACCUCGGAGGAAGAGAGAGCGAAGGAGGAGCAGCGCGCUGCAGUAGCCAAGAUUGCAGCCAAGUUGAAGAGCGGAUCAAGCAAGAAGAACAAGAAGAAGUCAACCUCGAAUGCUGCAUCAGCGGUCAAUUCACCACGUAUGGAGGGCAAGAAGGGGAAGAAGGCUGCGUCUACCUCGGGACCAGCAUCAGCAUCAGCGCCAGUACCGGUCCUGUCAGCUGUUGUAAGCGCAAUUGAGCAGGAGCAGGACUCAUCCUUAUCUGCAGCUGAGGCAGCUACACCCAAGCUGAGCAAACGCAGGUCCAAAAAGGCAUCCUCUGCCUCUGCAGCCUCCACCGACAGUCCAUCAGCAAUGGCAACAGCCGCAGGCGCAGCCUCAACAUCAUCCAAGGAGGGAACUACGGCGGACAAGACAAAUGAGUCUUCGGGAUCGAGCAUGGUUCAGAAGGAUGGUCCUCAAGACAUGGUCGGAGGCGUGUUCUCUUCGAUUUUUGAGAAGGGUGUAAACCCUGGUCUGAUCAAGGCCUUGAAUGUUGUGUUUGUUGCUCUGUUUUUGUCCCUGGGCUUCCUGGUCUUUGCCUCAGGUGGCAACGGACACGUCAUUGCCUUGACAGGAAUUGCCGUGGCUCUGUUUAUUACCGUGCAAUGGUUCCUGCGUGAGAUGGAGACGAUGAGGAUCGAGGAGCAUAAGGACGCUUAA